AACGUGGCAACCACCCACGAGCCCGCGUCGGUGGCCGCCCCUCAGGGGGACCUACUAUCCGGCGCCGAGCCGGAGGGGGGAAACGGCGCCCGCCGCCCCGCCCGGAGCCGGCGAGCAGCCCCAGUCCCCCCUACCCGCGCGUGGCGGCGCCGGCUCCCUAGCCGCCGCGGCCCCACCCUCUUCCGGCCUCGGCUGUCCGGGCCGCGCUCGCCACCGCCUGUGGAUGCUGCGCCUCUCUGAACGCAACAUGAAGGUGCUCCUUGCCGCCGCCCUCAUCGCGGGGUCCGUCUUCUUCCUGCUGCUGCCGGGACCUUCUGCGGCCGAUGAGAAGAAGAAGGGGCCCAAAGUCACCGUCAAGGUGUAUUUUGACCUGCGAAUUGGAGAUGAAGAUGUAGGCCGGGUGAUCUUUGGUCUCUUCGGAAAGACUGUUCCAAAAACAGUGGAUAAUUUUGUGGCCUUAGCUACAGGAGAGAAAGGAUUUGGCUACAAAAACAGCAAAUUCCAUCGUGUAAUCAAGGACUUCAUGAUCCAGGGCGGAGACUUCACCAGGGGAGAUGGCACAGGAGGAAAGAGCAUCUAUGGUGAGCGCUUUCCCGAUGAGAACUUCAAGCUGAAGCACUACGGGCCCGGCUGGGUGAGCAUGGCCAACGCAGGCAAAGACACCAACGGCUCCCAGUUCUUCAUCACAACGGUCAAGACGGCCUGGCUAGAUGGCAAGCAUGUGGUGUUUGGCAAAGUUCUAGAGGGCAUGGAGGUGGUACGGAAGGUGGAGAGCACCAAGACGGACAGCCGGGAUAAACCCCUGAAGGAUGUGAUCAUCGCAGACUGCGGCAAGAUCGAGGUGGAGAAGCCCUUUGCCAUCGCCAAGGAGUAGGACCCAGGGACCUCUUUCUUUGACCGUCUGUGCAGGCCCUGUAGUCUGCCACAGGGCCCUGAGCUGCACUGGCCCCAGUGCUGGCAUCUGGUGGAGCGGACCCAUUCCCCUCACAUUCCACAGGCCCACGGACACAGUUUUGUAACAGACUCCUACCAACACUGACGAAUAAAAAAAAAAUGUGGGGUUUUUUUUUAUAUAUA